AUGGCCACGGUUGAUGAGGCCCACGAGAGUCGGCGCCGACAGCUACCCGAUGACGACACCAAGCCUACAGUCCACUCGGGCAAACUUGUUUACGCCAAACCUCGCGAUCUCCCGAGCUUCCCGUCUAUUGGCCUCACGGAAAAAGGAUCUGCAGCCAGUGCAGCAGCAGCUUUGGGCUGGGCCUCCAACGCGUUGCCCGAGCUCUCCAAGUCGGACAGAUCUGCGCCAGCUUCGGCUGCAGCUGUCAUGACCAAAUACCAAAAAGUAGGCCCUACCUCCGAACCCAAGACUGGACAGCGCGAGAACAAAGCUGCGCUCGUCGCGUCGCAGUCUGCGAUGAGUACCAAUACUGGAAGGCCUCCCUCCGUCACCCACGUCCCUCCCAGCCACUCGGCCGCAGGCGCGGCUCUCAUAUCUACUCGCGAUGCGCCGCCGGCUAGUCCCCACACAAGCGCGCUGGGACGCCGGGGGUCGCUGCUUGCUGCCAAAGGCGCCAUGGCUAAUCGCCAGAGAGCCAAGUCAACCCCCGUCCCGAGGGAAUCGUAUCCGGACGAGGCAAACGCUGCCGCUAAUGCUCUGAGCGCCGCGACCCGAGCCCACAGACCAGCGCGAUCACUGACAAUAAGCGGCGCAAGCGAGAGGCCCAGCACUAUUCCCUAUACGACCAUGCACAGGGACAUGUUCACGUCGCGGCCUCCGGUUCAAGCGGAAGUUGACGAGCAGAAGAAAGCCGAUGUGUUACACGCGUCGGCUGUCGCGAUGGCCAAGAAAAUGUACACCCAGCAGCAGAAGAUGAUCGAUGCUAAGAAGUCGCAUGACAAUGCGGCCCCUCUUCAUGACCAGGCCGAUGUCCUCACUAGUGUUAGCGACGAUACGCAGCCCGCGCAUCUGACAAGCCUGCAAGACGCAGCUUACAAACAGGCACAAGCGCGCCUCGCCAGAAUACACGAAGAGCACAUCAAAGCCCGGGACUUCCAGGAGCAUUACGGGGCUAGGCAGCUUACGCGACACUUCUCGAUUAGGGGUAAAUUCAGGAGACGAUCGUCUAGUGACGGUGACAUCAUCGAAGAUCGUAGGCGAUCCCAGCACAUCAGACAACAAAUGUCCCUGUUCUCGAACAAGGUCUCGGAGGUGGACGAGAGGAAGCGCCAACAGGAUCGGGAUGCUCUGCUUGCUGCUGCCCAAAGGAACGUCCACGAACGACUGAAGGGAAUAGACGAGAAGAUUGCCGCGGAAACCGGGAUGAUGCCUCCGUCGACUCUCACACAGUGGGAGCUGAAGGCGCUUGCCGCUGCCCAAGCUCGAGGCGAUCAACGUGCCGAGCACAGGGGCCAAGUUGACAUAGGUGCCGGGAAGUUCAUGGACCAGGAGGACAUUGACGCCAUCGCUGCGGCUAGGGUUCAGCCCGUGUUAGACGAGAUCGAAAAGAAGGUAGAGGAGGAGCACGCGAGGCAAACAGAGUUACGCUUGCAGGCGGAGAGAAAGAAAGAGGAGGAUGCGAUUGAGAAGGCCCGCCAGAAGGAAAUUCAAGACAUAAACAAGAAGCUUAAAGAGCGGGAAAAGUCGCAGCAGAGAAAGAGGAAAGCCGAGGAGAAGCACGAGGCUAAGGCUAGGAGGGAAGAAGAGAGAACAGCCAAGGCCGAGCAAAGGCGGUUAGCCAAGACCGAGAAGCGCAAAUCUGCAGCUGAUCUAGCUGACGGGAGCCAUCGGCAGCCAGAGGCAAUGGGGGGUACGAUCGCUUUAAAUACCGGGGGGCAGCCAAUCAGCAUCCCACCUCCGGACCCCGACGCCACCACAGAUGCUACCGGAGCAGCCGAGGCCAGAUCGUCGGAUAGGCAACCUGGAUUGCCCGGCGAAAAUUCGUCGAGGGGUGGAGUAAAGAGCUGGUUUAAGAACCGGUUUUCUCGGGGAUCGAAAGCUUGGGAGGAGGAGGAGGAGGAGGGGUCCAACGACAACCCCCCCAGGAGCUUUAUCGGCGGCGCGGCUCUAACGGGCAUGGAAAGGCCUGACAGCGUAACCAGUUCCAGCGUCCGAGCUGUCGCCAUGGCUGGCCGGCGGCAGACUGCCGGGAGGAGCAUUCUCGGGGAAGAACGCUCGCUUUCCGGGGAAACGACGAGCAGCUCGAGCGACGGCAGGGAGCCGCACGGCGAGGCUUCUUCGCGGGAUCUGCCCCGGACCGCUCUAACGCUCCCGAGGCCGACCAAGGAUCCGUCGUCGGCCGCGAUGAGCGGCAGCCCCGGGAGGGAUUCGAGGUUUCACGAGAUGGUGUAA